CGCUAUUUCUGAACGGCCUGGUCACGAAAUGGAUCUCGCCCAGGAAACUUGAAGUGCCGCAACCUGACGUUCAACCAUCUCCAAACCGCCACCCGACAACGAUCGAGCACAAUGCUGUCCACGAGAACGGCGCCCAAGAAGGCCGUCGGCCUCUCACGGACCGCCGUGAGGGGUCUGGCUACUGUCCAGGACGGCGCCCCGAAGCGAACAUACGGUGGUCUACGAGACCAGGAUCGCAUUUUCCAGAACCUCUAUAACCGAUAUCCCGUAGACCUCAAGAGUGCUAGGAAGAUGGGCGAUUGGCACAAGACCAAGGAGAUUAUUCUCAAGGGACACGAUUGGAUCAUUAGCGAGGUCAAGGCCUCCGGUCUUCGAGGACGAGGUGGUGCUGGUUUCCCCUCGGGUCUCAAAUGGGUAGGUUUCUCCAAGAUUGGUUUUACGGGUCAAGAGACCGAACCAGCAUCAAUUGUCUCUAACCCAACGCUCUGUAGUCUUUCAUGAACUUCAAGGACUGGGACAAGGACACCAAGCCCCGUUACCUCGUCGUCAAUGCCGAUGAGGGUGAGCCCGGAACCUGCAAGGACCGCGAGAUUAUGCGAAAGGACCCACACAAGCUCAUCGAGGGAUGUCUUAUUUCUGGCCGAGCCAUGAACGCAACCGCCGCCUAUAUCUACAUCCGUGGUGAAUUCGUCGAGGAGGCUGCUGUUCUCCAGCGAGCCAUCAACGAGGCUUACGCCGCCGGCCUGAUCGGAAAGAACGCCUGUGACUCCGGCUACGACUUCGAUGUUUACCUGCACCGAGGUGCUGGUGCCUACGUCUGUGGUGAGGAGACUUCUCUUAUUGAGUCUCUGGAGGGCAAGCCUGGAAAGCCUCGUCUUAAGCCUCCGUUCCCUGCUGCCGUCGGUCUUUUCGGAUGCCCUUCAACUGUUACCAACGUCGAGACUGUUGCCGUUGCCCCUACUAUCUGCCGACGAGGAGGAAGCUGGUUUGCUGGCUUCGGCCGUGAGCGAAACCAGGGUACCAAGUUGUUCUGUAUCUCUGGCCAUGUCAACAACCCCUGCACUGUUGAGGAGGAGAUGUCCAUCCCUCUGCGUGAGCUGAUUGACAAGCACUGUGGUGGUGUUCGAGGUGGAUGGGAUAACCUUUUGGCUGUCAUCCCCGGUGGUUCCUCUACUCCUGUUCUCCCCAAGCACGUCUGUGAUGACCAACUGAUGGACUUCGAUGCCCUCAAGGACAGCCAGUCUGGUCUUGGUACUGCUGCUGUUAUCGUUAUGGAUAAGAGCACCGAUAUUGUCCGAGCUAUCAGCCGCCUCAGCCACUUCUACCGCCACGAGAGUUGCGGCCAGUGCACACCUUGCCGAGAGGGUAGCAAGUGGACAGAGCAGAUGAUGAAGCGAUUUGAGAAGGGUCAGGCCCGUGAGCGUGAGAUUGACAUGCUCCAGGAGCUCACCAAGCAGGUUGAGGGUCACACUAUUUGCGCUCUGGGAGAGGCCUUCGCCUGGCCUAUUCAGGGUCUUAUCCGACACUUCCGACCUGAGCUUGAGGCUCGCAUCCAGAAGUUCUCUCAGGAGCAUGGUGGUGAGGCCCUUGCUGGUGGAUGGAACCAUAAUGCCAGAGCCCAAGGCAAGUUGGUGUCUCCCGGUCAAUAAUUGGUAUCUUGAGUAGAAAAGGGUAUGGAGAGGAAAGAAUUAAGCUUGACGUGUCUUGCAUCGUACUUGUGCAUAACUACAACUAUUAGGUAGAUGCCAUGUGUUAUAUUUACUUAUUGUUCAAUGGGAGUAAGAGUUGGUUAAGUAAACUAUGUCUGUCUGCGCGACUCAUCUUCAUGUCAACAUAGAAACAGCUUAGAUGCAUAUGAGAAUAUUGUAUCAUUCACUCAUA